CUACAACUCCGCCCACUGCUAGUCAUUCAAUUGAUUUACUCGCCCGGUGUUCAUAGACGAGGCAUGCGUUAAACUCAGAGGACUGACCCUGGAAUAUUUACUGAGAUAAUUAUGUUAAACUGAUACACACUUCAAUGUAGCAUAAACCCACGAAGUGGAAUUUAACAGAAUAACUCUGGGUCUAAUGUUUUUACCUUUGUUGUGGCUGGACACAUUUCCUUUUGUCCUCGGUAGUAUUUAACAACCUUUGGCGGUCACCCACCUCAACACGUUUGACACAGGCAGCAGCCCAUUUGUUGAGUGGUGUGAGGGCAGUUGGUCGGAGGACUUCGUAACAUUUUCCUACAACUUCACUUGGGAGAAAAAGCCUGAAAUAAUUGAUAAGAGCAGGCGAGAUGAAAUGGCAGUGUGGUAUUAUCCUAAUUAACAUGUGGGAGCGGAAGACGGUGAGAGCCUGUUAUUACAGCCUGUCCUGUGGGAGGCAGGCUCCAGUUUGGUCAAUGGGAUGUUAGUGGUCUGGAGGCGUGCCAGGACUGAAGGAGCAUGGUGAAGCACCAACCCCUGCAGGUCUAUGAGAGGCAGCUGUGUUUGUCAUGUCUCACAGGGAUCUAUGGAUGCCGCUGGAAACGGUACCAGCGCUCACAUGAUGACACCACCAAGUGGGAGUUCCUGUGGUCUCUCAUCCUCUUCUUCACCUUCUCUCUGCUCCUGGUCUGGUUCUACUUCUGGUGGGAGGCACACAAUGACUACAAUGAGUUCAACUGGUUUUUAUAUAACCGUUCUGGAGAGUGGAUCGACGGGACUGUUCCAAUCCUAGCCACUACUGCUGCCGGCUUCACUUAUAUUGCAUUUUUAAUGAUUUUAGCACUUUGCCACAUAGCAGUGGGACAACAGCUGAACUUGCACUGGCUGCACAAGAUUGGCGUCAGUACUGCCCUGCUGACCACUGCCAUCGGAUUCAUAUCUGUCAAUCAAACAUGGGGGGAGGAGUGGGCAGUCAUCCCUAUAUCACUCCAGGCCACAGGUCCCUUCCUACACCUAGGAGCCCUGGUGGCUGUCACCGCUCUGGCCUGGCUGGUGGCUGGGCAGGUCGCCCGCUCCGAGAAAACAAUGUUUCAGGUGGUGGUUCUCCUGCUCUACCUAAGUGUUCUACUGGGCCUCUACAUGGCCCCCCUUUCCAUCACCUCCCCCUGCAUCAUGGACCACGCCAACCUCACACCACGCCCUGACGUCAUUGGACACCAGGGCGCACCCAUGCUGGCUCCAGAGAACACCAUCCUGUCCUUCCAGAGGGCUCUGCAGAUGAACGUCAGUGGGCUGGAGGCUGACGUGGCCAUCAGGUACACACACACCGAAAGAGACUCGCAGUGCAGCCAAACUAGAUCAAUGGGGAGCUGCAGGGAGAGACGCCUUGACGGGGUGCCGUUUCUGAUGCGAGACCGCACCUUGAGGAGGACUACAGACGUGGGGAAGGUGUUUCCUGCCAGACAGCUGGACGAUGCCUCCUCCUUUAACUGGACAGAUUUACACAGCCUCAAUGCCGGCCAGUGGUUCCUCAAGGAAGACCCAUUCUGGACGGUCCAGUCCAUGGCUCAGAGGGAGGUGAUGCUGGUGGGGAACCAGAGUGUGUGUAGUCUGGAGCAGCUGCUGAGGCUUGCCACCCUCCAUAACCACACAGUGGUGUUCGACCUGCGCCGACCCCCGCACGGACACCCCUGCUACCACAGCUGGAUAAACGAUACCCUGGGGGUCAUACUCCUGUCUGGGAUUCCACAGCACCUGGUGAGACUGGCAUCAAACAUUGUGUGAUGGGGGGUUGUAGUA